ACGUCACAUCCUUCCCGUGAUGCUUAGCGAACCCAAAUUGAACGCUCGGCAAAAGAAAACAAUUGUAUUUAGCAUGCUCUGUUUUAAAGAGUCAAACGCAUAAAACAAGACAUUUCAACUGGAAUUGACACCACUAAGAAAAACAAUUCAACGGCGCGUAACAAGUAGAGUGUAUCCGGGAGUGGCAUCAUGGAUCAGGACUACGAGUGCAGGCUGCUCAGACAGAUCAACAUUCAAAAUGAGAACGCAAGCCCCGUAAAAGCGUUAGGAGCGGUGCGAGCUCUGACACCCACCAGCUCCCCCCUGUCCUCCCCUAGCAAGCAUGGUGAUCGCUUUAUUCCCUCCCGGGCUGGAGCCAACUGGAGUGUCAACUUCCACCGCAUCAAUGAAAUUGAAAAGUCACACAAUCAAAACAGAAAAACCAAAGAUGGCACAACAGACGGCAACAAAGCGGAUGGUCUGGCUUACUCAGCCCUGCUGAAGAACGAGCUGCUAGGAGCGGGCAUCGAGAAAGUCCAGGACCCCCAGUCAGAGGACCGCCGUCUGCAGCCAUCCACUCCUGCCAAGAGAAGCCUUUUUAGUUAUUCUGUAAGUGCUAAGAGGGCUCUGCCAGAAGAGGAUGGAAACACAGUCUCUCCAUAUUCUCUGUCACCUGUCAGUAGCAACAGCCAGAAACUGCUGCGGUCGCCAAGGAAACCUACCCGCAAAAUAUCCAAAAUUCCAUUCAAAGUCCUGGAUGCGCCAGAGCUUCAGGACGACUUCUACCUCAACUUAGUGGACUGGUCCUCUCUGAACGUGCUCAGUGUUGGACUAGGUACCUGUGUCUACCUGUGGAGUGCCUGCACCAGCCAGGUGACACGCCUAUGUGACCUUUCUGUAGAAGGAGAUUCUGUAACAUCAGUGGGCUGGUCCGAGAGGGGUAACCUGGUGGCAGUGGGGACUCAUAAAGGCUAUGUACAGAUCUGGGAUGCAGCAGCAGGGAAGAAGCUCUCCGUACUAGAAGGACACACAGCCAGAGUGGGUGCGUUGGCAUGGAACGCGGACCAGCUGUCGUCUGGGAGCCGCGAUCGCGUGAUCCUGCAGAGGGACAUCAGAGCCCCGCCUCUCCAGUCGGAGCGCCGUCUCCAAGGACACAGACAGGAAGUGUGCGGGCUCAAGUGGAGCACGGACCACCAGCUGCUCGCCUCGGGUGGAAAUGACAACAAAUUGCUUGUGUGGAACCACUCGAGCGUCCUCCCGGUGCAGCAGUACACCGAGCACUUGGCUGCAGUAAAGGCCAUCGCCUGGUCUCCCCACCAGCACGGCCUGCUGGCCUCUGGAGGCGGCACCGCUGACCGCUGCAUCCGCUUCUGGAACACUCUGACCGGCCAGCCCUUACAGUGCACAGACACCGGCUCUCAGGUCUGCAACCUGGCCUGGUCCAAGCACACUAACGAACUGGUCAGCACACAUGGCUAUUCCCAGAACCAGAUCCUGGUGUGGAAGUAUCCCUCUCUCACUCAAGUGGCCAAACUUACCGGACAUUCCUACAGAGUACUCUACCUGGCCAUGUCCCCUGACGGAGAAGCCAUUGUGACCGGAGCCGGAGAUGAAACCCUUCGCUUCUGGAACGUCUUUAGCAAGAUGAGAUCCACUAAGGAAUCCGUGUCAGUGCUGAACCUCUUCACCAGGAUCCGGUAGUGAGCAAGCCUCUGUGCUGUGACGGAAUAAAGCCAGGAAGGGAAUUCAUCUUUGCAUGCAUCAAGCUGAAAAUGGGCCCUUUCUUUGAGUUUUCACCUCAGUAGUGGGCCACCCCCCCCCACCCCCCCUCAAUUGCCCUUAGUUGUUUAGCCAAGUUGUAGCUGGAGGUGGGAGAGAGCUGGAGAGUGUCGAGGGCAGAGGACACACACACACACACACACACACGUACAGUAUUCCACUUCCUCCUGAAGGAUGGAGCCGCGGCCGCCUCCAUCAGACCAGUGAUCUCUGAUGAGGAGGAGAGUUUUGGGGGUCGCUUCCCUCCCCACGUGAUUGUUUUGUUUACAGACUGACGUUGUGCUUACCUGCCAAAAUUUGAGUUUGUCCUUUUUGAUUGUCUUAUUUAUUUUAUUUAGGUUUCUUUUGUUUUAAAAAACAAAAUCAUUUUUAACAUAUAUUCCUACCAGUGUGUUUGUUUCAAAUGCUGGUGGAGUUUUCCUCUUUUAUGUGUGGAACAGCAGUUUCUGGUCCGAUCUGUGGAGUAGGUUUGGCUUUGUUCAGGUUUGCAGAAAAAUCCAAGCUUGUCUUUUUGUAUUUUACUGAGAAAUAAUGUUUCAUUUACACUGAUAACCGAUUACAUAAUUCCACGCCAUUUCGAGAACUGUUAAUGGUUAACAAGGAUCGGACGAAUGGACCUGAUCUCCUUUUUUGUUUUGUUUUUAAAUCUUGCAUUAAGUUAAUUUUAGUCUAUUGAUAUUAAGCAGUAUUGGCUCAUUGUUUCGCAAUCUCUCGUCAUGGCAUACGGCACAUCUAGCCCUGUAGAACGGUCGCUUACAAAAGUAGUUCACAUGAAAGCAAGAACAUUCACUGUGACUUGUGUAGAUGCUUUUCGCUCAUCUUGUUUUCCGACUUUCCUAAAUGGAAGAUCAGGCAAGGAAGGUUCAAAUGAACACACUUUGGCUAAUCAGUGUAGUUUGUAACAGCAACGAAAGCACGCGGUAAAACGUGGGGUUAAAGGAACACGCCGACUUAUUGGGAAUUUAGCUUAUUCACCGUAACCCCCAGAGUUAGACAAGUCGAUACAUACCCUUCUCAUCUCCUUGCAGGCUGUCUGACGCCGCCACCGGCAUCAGGCCAGCACCGAACAGGCAGGUGAAUGGUUCCAGUAAUCCUACUGCUCCGAAUUGUGACAAAAGUGACA